AUGUUGCAGGAAUGCGAGACUCAAUAUGGCGGUCACUGCCGUGGUCUGUUCGGGUCAUCCUGUAACCCCGGAGAACUUCAGACUCUGAGCCACUGCGGAUUCCUCAGCUUCUGCUGCUACCCAGACCCCAGCACCACGCAUGCCACUCAGGCACCCGGACAUGUCUCCCACGGAAAUGGGCAGUGUGGCGUCCCCGAUGUCAGCAGGAUAGUUGGAGGAUCUACAGCUGCAGCUGGGGAGUUCCCAUGGCAGGUGUCCCUUCAGUACAGACAAGGACACAUGUGUGGAGGAACCCUGAUCGACGACCAGUGGAUCGCUACUGCUGCUCACUGUUUCGAAGAUAGCGAUUUGGGAAAAUGGGACGUCGUGAUGGGCAGCAUCGACAACUACCACGUCUACCAGUCCCAGGUGCACAAGAUUGAGCGCAUCGUCACUCACGCCAGCUUCAACUCCAAAUCGAAUUCUCACGACAUCGCCAUGGUGAAGCUCACGCAGCCAGUCAGUCAGGGUAAACUGUUGAAGCCUGCAUGCCUUCCCGCCGCAGGGGAGGACUUUGACAACGUCGUCUGCACCGUAUCUGGAUGGGGGGCCACCCGCUUCGACGGACCUGGCACUCGUUACCUCGAGAAGGUAAAUGUCCCCGUCAUCACCAACAGCAUGUGUAAAUACUACCUCGGCAACGUCAUCUUCGACCACAACAUCUGCGCUGGGCUUACAGCAGGGGGGAAGGAUGCUUGCCAGGGAGAUUCUGGUGGCCCCAUGGUGUGUAAGACUGGAGGUGUGUGGAAACUGGCAGGUAUUGUCUCGUGGGGAUAUGGAUGUGGAGACAAAGCGACUCCUGGUGUCUACACACGUGUGUCCUCCUUCAUCAGCUGGAUAGAAGGUAUCAAGGCCAAAUACUAGU